UAUCAACAAUAACACCGAGAGCCGGACGGAGUGCCACGCGGAGGGAACUGGCGCUGGGAGAAAGCGGCAAAACCAUCUUGUUACCUAUUUUUAGCCAUCUUUACUGAACCUGCUAAGGAUGUACCGGUCCCCCAGGCUGGUGGACGUCCCGGUGGUGGUGGAGCUGCCCACUACCAUGUACAAGGCGCCCGUGUUGAAUGGUUUAGGCGGUGUUGAGUUGGGGGCCUCCUGUUACAGAGGUCACGGACCAUGUAAGAGUUAUCCUGAGGCAACAGCUCUUGAGGCUCGGCAAGAGGCUGUUCUGGCACGUCUUCAAACCCUGAAGGAAAAACUAGACCAUCUCCAGUCCACCCGAACCACUGCCACUGGUGCUGCUCCCCCCACCCUGGGAGCUGCUGCCAUCUCAUCGCCAAAUAAGGUGGCAGCAUCCUUGGAGGGUCAUGUGGAUUUUCUUAAUGAGCUUCACCUGUACAUCUCAGUCCAGGAGGGGGAGGGGGGUGGCUGCCGCGGCGAAGGUGAUCUCCUCCGCCAUCAAGAAUCUGUUUUGUAUCGACUCGGAAAACUGAAAGAAAAACUAAGCCAGCUGUCCAACGAUGGUAAUUCCGGAACCCCAUUAGUGGAGGGGCAGAAAAUUACGUUAGCUGAGAAGCACCAAGGCCUUCUGGGCAUCAUCGGAGCACUCAGGGACGAAAUGAAGUUCCUCGCCAACCUGCAGAAGCAGAUGGAGCAAGAAGAACAUGAAAAAGAGGAAAAGAAGCAGAAAAACAAAGAGAAAGAGAUGAAAAAAUCAAGGAUAGGAGAGCAGAAGGAAGAGAAAGGAAUGCAAGAAGACCAGGAAGAGGAAGAUAUUGAGAAGCACCAACGGUCAAUUUUACGCAAGAUCAACACCCUCAAAGAUGAACUCUUGCGGAUGGUGGCAGGAUUGCGCUCUGUGGUGGAGGCAGCGAAGACAGAAGAGGAAAGGGCUAUGUUGACCUCUGUUUGCAGAUGUUUUGACCUCCAAAACCUUGACCUUGACCUGAAUUCCCAACCACCACCACCUCCUCCCUCUUCUUCUCUUGAUUCCUCUCUCCAUCCUUCACAAUCAUCAUCUUUUACUUCCUCCUUUUCCCCUCUUCCCUCUUCUACAUCCUCCACUAUUCUUCCUCUUUCUUCUUCCGUGUCUGCUGUUCCUUCUGUCCAUUCUCUUUCCUCCUCUACUAUUCCGCCCCCUUCUUCCUCCCCUUCCACCUCCAGCAACAAAACAGAUUCCCUACUUUCUCUUCUUCCUUCUCCUCCUCCUCCAUCUCUUCUCUCCUCUUCCUCGGCCUCCUCCUCCCCCCUUCAGACAGAAUAUGGCACGGUGCAUGACCUUGUGGUGGCUGCCAGCCCUGCCGCUCCACCUCUGUCACUGCUGCUGCUGCGUCGCUUGCUGGCUCAGGCUGGCCGCCCCGUCCACUGCACCAGUCGUCUGCACUCCUCUGUGACAAAGGUGGAUCCUAAGCUUCACGCUGCUUUCACUGCUGCUCCGCUGGGUGACCGGGGGAACCACUCCCUCGCUUUCUCUCUCCAGUGGACAGACACUCCCACUCCAAGCCUCAUGGUCAACCCACUCCGCCAGAUGAGGAUAGAAGGAGAGGCUAACCUAAUCCGCUACAUCUCCCGGUUGUUCCCAUCUACCUCCUCCCUGAACUACGAGGCUGUGGGGUCGUAUUCUACCAUAGCCGAGGUUGACACACUCCUGGACAGCUUGGAGGCACGGCUGUCAAAUGGGAGUGGAAAAGGGAGAGGCGGAAGAGGUGGAAGUGGAAGGGAUGGUGGUGUCAUGAAGGAGAUUGUGGAGAGACUCAGCAAGCAGCCUUACCUGCUCGGAAACACCUGCUCAAUGGUGGACAUUCUCACCUGGUCCCUGCUCCGCCAAGGUGGUGGUGGUGGUGGUGGUGGUGAGGUGGUGAGGCAGUGGACGGAGAAGAUGGAUCGUCUGGCUGCUGCUGCUGAUCUAGACCUGAAUGGAAUAAUAUCCGGAGCACCAGCAUCACAACAACAAGAAAAACAAAAGCAGACGAAACAACAAUCAGCACCGUCAUCAUCAUCAGCAUCAGGAGGAUAUAAGGGAAGAAAGGAACUGGAAGCUUACCUGAAAAAACUUGGAAUUAAAUAUCAGUGUAAGGAGCACAAGGAGGUGUUCACAGUUGAGGAAUUGAUGAAGGAGAUGCAGGGGGUGGAGGGGGUGGUCACCAAGAACCUCUUCGUCCGCGAUAAGAAGAAGAAGCUGUAUCUCCUCUCUGCCUGCCACGAUAAAGAGGUUGACCUCAAGACUGUCGCCAAACAAGCUGGGACAAAAGAUUUACGUUUCUCUGAUGAGGACACACUCUUCUCUGCCCUUGGGGUAAAGCAGGGGUGUGUGUCUGGCCUGGCCCUCCUCAACGACUCUUCCUCUCACUCUGUAACUUUCCUGCUGGAUCGUUCCGCUAUCGACCCCACUGUUCCACUCAUCCACUUCCACCCAAUGUCGAAUUCUGCCACGCUGGGCCUCAAACCAGGAGACUUUGUGGAGAAGUUCUUGUCUUCAACAGGACAUAAACCAGUUUUAAUUGAUUUAUGAAUUUAAGUGUGAAGGAGUUAGAGUAUGUUUAGGCAAGUGUUUGUGAAUGUGUGAGUGUUAAGGGUGUUUAUGGGUGUCAGGUAAUGUUUCGACAAAGGUCUGUAUGAGUGUAUGUGUGUGUGUGUGUGUGUGUGCAAUUCACAAAGCUGAGCAUCAAAUCAGUAAUCUGUUUAUCGUUAAUUAAUGAAGUGCGUAGUUUCAUUAACAAUUUAACUUUUAUGUCGACUUGAAAACCAUUAUUGGAUUAAUUAACCUAAAUAUUUAAAAAAUCAACUUUAAAGGUUUCUAUUUGUUAGGCUUGGAAGUGAGUGGUAUCAAAGGGAGGGCAUUAAUUAUAAAUUUAUUAUAAUGGAGUUUAUGAAUAUUUUUGGUUCUUACUACUGUAGUGUCAAGAGCAUAGUUUGAGGUUUCACUUCUGUUGCAAAUGACUAUUUAUCAAUUAUUCAGUGUUUUUUCCUUGCCCUACAAGCAUAUAGGAAAGAGGGUAAUAAACUUAAAACUCAAUUGUGCUCUUGACACUAAAGAACUAGUGACAACCAUACCAAUUGUCAACUCCAUUAUAGGAAUACACUAGAAAUGUACCUUUGUAUGUUUUACCGUUACAAGCUAACGGAAGGUAUGAUAGGUUUUCCCUCACAUCAACACAGUGUGAUGAGUGGAGUGUCUUGCUUUCUCAGUUGCCUGCCUGCCUUCAUACAACUCAUACUGCUUUUUACUUUCUGCGUUUUAUUUCUUUCGGCUAUUUAACCCCAUCACUCCGGCGACACCGACGUCGGCGUCCGACGGCGUCACCAUAUGGAAAGGGUUAGUCCUCUUCUGAACCUCUUAAUCCUCUUCCAUUUCCUCUUAAUCCUCUUUUAAACCUCUUAAGAGGAAAUGGAAGUGGAUUAAGAGGAACUUAGAGGAGGAUUGAGAGGUUUAGAAGAGGAUUAAUCCUCUACCAUUUCCUCUUGACCCUUUCCACACAGACUCUGCGUCACGGAUGGAAAGGGUUAAUGAAUUAUUUUUUUUGUUCAAUACUUAUGUAUUGUUUUAUUUAAGUUUUUUGUUUUCCAUUUUAGGUGGUUUAUAAUAAAUAACUGAUUUUUUUUAUACAAGAUUAACUUGACAGUUUAUCAAUAAUUUCAGUAUUUUUAACAAAUUAACUGAUAAAUGGUUAUCACUUAACUUUUGGAUUGAUGAAUUUACUGUUGAUGAAGUUGUUUUUAUUGACUGUGCCCAGCUCUAGUAAUUCACCUAUUUGUAUCUUCCUGGACAAAGACACAAGCUCAUGUGUCCCGGGUCUGAGGACUUGGGGUUUUCACCCUUCAGUUAUUUACCUGUAGCAGUGCCAAACCACUACCCCAAGGGGCAGAUGAUAACCCCCAACUCAUACACAGCACCCAUUCACUGCUAGGUGGACAAAGGCACAGGUGGAAGGAGACUGUCCACCUGUCUCCACUCCACUUGAACACUGGAUCUGUUGGUUGUGAGCUACUCGUAAAGGUGGCUUUACACCUGGCAAUUUCUGGCCGGCAAUACAGCCGCGAUGAUCUAGCGGCUAGACCAGCUGGGUGCUCUCGGGAGCAAGUACGUUCACACGUGGGAGGAGCCGCCGGGAGCAUGAAGACGUAAACUGCUAGUAAAUGCAAGGGCAUGAAUUCAUCCCAGACACCCCAAAAGGCUACUACCAUAUCUUAAAACCACAAUGAGUUUGAUCCAUUAGCCUAAUAUUGUAGAAAUACUUUAAAGAAACAAGCUUUAUCAUAAGUAGUAUUGAUUGAUUGAUUGUUUAUUGUUGCAUUUAACAAUAAAGGAGAAGGGAGGAACAUGCCAUUCCAACCCCCAGGCAUUACAUAGUGUGAUUAUAUAAUACACGAACAUAAUCGUUCCUUCCCUCCUUCGAUAUCUCGCAAAGAGAUAAACAUUUUCCGCAAUGUUGCUGCCACUCUCUCAAAAGUUGUUUUGUGCAGACUCUGGUGCUUGUAGAGCUUAUCUUGUGGAUCCCACAAGUGUCGAUGCUGCCUCACUUCCUCUAGCAAUGCCACCUCGGCCUCCUGGCUCCAAAUCUUGUUAUCUUCAUCGGUCAUUUCUUGUUUUAUUGGCGCCAACAUGUUGUACCCAGCUGCCAGUCGGCAAUACAAGACGGACACGCUCAGCUGCAGAGAACUUGCCGUGAGAAGGGCUCCCAGACCCAGACCCAGGCCAAAAAUGCUGCCGGCAGCACGUCGCGGCUGUAUUGCUGACCAGGAAUUGCCAGGUGUAAAGCCACCUUAAGUGUGCUAACCAUUGCACUACAGACUGAUCACUGUAUCACACACACACA